GUGGGCGAGUCCUAUCUGUAUUUGGGUUGUUACGCGUGUCGUCAGAUUUGAUUCAGAAAUAUGCUUUGCUGACGGUUGUGUUAGUCCUCCAUCAGACAAGUCUUUCAACAUCAAAUGAAAAACAUGGACGAACCUUCUGCUCAGUUUCAACAUGAGGAUUUGAUUGAUAUAUUAUGGAGGCAAGAUGUUGAUUUGGGGGUGGAGCGGGAGAUAUUUGAUGGAUGUCUUCGGCAAAGGGAGGAGGAGACCACGAGAGCAAGAAAAAGAGAGUUAAAAAGAGAGCGAGAGCUUGAAAGGAUAAUGCAAAGGUUACAGAAACUAGACAAGGAAACUGGAGAGUUUUUGCCUAGUCCUUCAACUGUGAACUCCCACGCUGUGCCAGAGACAUUGCAUUCUACUGUGUUUACUCAGUGUUCACCUGUUACCCAGAAUCCUCUACUGUCUGCACUGCUAUUUUCUCAGAAGUCUCAGAAGCCUCCCUCUCAAGAGCAGGCUUUCAGUGAACUGCUGUCACUGCCAGACUUAGAGUAUUAUUUAGAUGUCUUGGAGUCUGAAGGCUCAAGUUUGCCCUUAGAGGACAUCACCGAAAUAUGCCAAAACAACCUGCCUGAGCCACAGAGGGAAAACUCAACAGAUGCAUUAUGUGGUGUCACACAAACAAUAUCAGACUCUUUUGAGGUUGCUCAGCCACUGUCAUCCAUACCCUCUGAUCCAGAGAUCCUGGAAAAAUUCAAACAGACGUUCUCAGAUCCAGGAAAUCCUACACCUUCACCUUCAAACUCAAUUUACAGCUGCAGUACCCCUGAGAAUCAAGUGAUUUUACCUAAAUGCCAAAUAAACUCAAGCGAUUCAUCCCUUAGUGAAUUCUGUCCAUAUACCAUCAAUACCACUGAACAAUUAAAUAGUGUACCCGAAAGGGAAGCUCCACAAGCACUUUCACAAUUUGAGGAGCGCCACGUUUUCCUGGGCUUUGAUGACUCUGCUUCUGUUGGCUCUGUGGAUUUAGAGACAUCGCUCUAUGCUGCUGACAAUCUGAGUAAUGGCCAAUCAGACAAGGACGAGCUGGAGAGCAUCCAAUCAGAUUACACCGAUCUGCUGCCUUUACCUCUGCACUCUGAGGCUGUAGAAGCAACACUGUAUGAAACUGUUACAUACGCACAACACCAAACUCUGAAUGAAUCAACGCCUAAAUAUUCACAAACAGGAUCUCAGGCAAAUCCCUCAACCACAAGCAGAGCUGCAGGUGUUCGGCGCUUGUGCCGUGAUGAACAGCGGGCCCGAGCGAUGAGUUUGCCACUUAGUGUGUAUGACAUCAUCAACCUGCCUGUGGAAGCAUUUAAUGAAGCCAUCAGCUCUUGCAAACUCAACCAUGCUCAACAUACCCUCAUCAGAGACAUUCGGAGACGUGGUAAAAACAAGAUGGCAGCCCAGAGCUGUCGCAAACGCAAGAUGGAUAGUCUCAUUGAUCUCGAAGAAGAGAUUGAGGAUCUGAAGAGGGAGAAGGAGCAAAUCAAGGAAGAGAACGAGAGGAACGCUAGAGAACUUCAUGAGACCAAAGAGAAGCUCAGGAAACUCUACAAUGAGGUGUUCAGACAGCUGAGAGAUGAACAUGGAAGCUUGUACAACCCCAAAGAGUACAAACUACAGCACAGCUCUGACGGCACGGUUUACCUGCUGCCACGUAGCACAGCCAACACGACAAAUACACCAACAGAGGAAUUACCUGUUGAUUUAUAACACACCUGAAGCACAACAAAGCUCUUUUGGUGUUUGUAACUUGACACACCAGGGAUGUUGUGUUCUUGAGGAAUCAUUGGCCCUGUUUGUGUCUGGCAUUCCUACUGAUUUUGUCAAACAAGGUUGGUUGAGUGACAAUUCAUCCAGUUAAAUCAGCAUCAUCCCCCAGUAGUAGUUUUUAGUUGCGGUAAAGCUACUGUCUACUUGAAUAGGGAAAGACUGAAAUCAAAUUGUUGUCAAUGUUACACUAAAAUGACAAUACAAUCUGACAACUAUGGUAUUAUAUAUUUACAUCUACAAUAACUGUUUUUCAACAUGUUUUAAAAUGUAAUUUAUUAGUAAUGGCACGGCUGAAUUUUCAACAGCCAUAACUCCAGUCUUAAGGGUUACAUUAUCAAUCAGAAUCACUCUAAAAGACCUGUUCACACCAAGGAUGAUAACUAAUAAAGAUAACGAUGAAGAUAUAGUUCUAAAAACAGUUUUAAAUAUUAACGAAUAGCAGAGUUCACACUACAGCUAUCCACCUUUUUCUUCAACAUGGAAGUAAACCUGUGGGUGAGACUUCCGGUUCAUUAUCCACUACAGAGUGUUUUCACAACGCAUCAUUAAUCGGCCAUAUUGGCGGCACUAAACAAAAACAAUGCCACUGAACAUCCAUGUUUGUUCUUAUAUUGGGCUAAAAUAUUAUGCAUAAUACUACGCAUCUCUAGCACUUGUUAACUUUAUUUUGUCAAAAUAUUGUGCCCUUUCCUGCUUACUAAGUCCUUUUCUAUAUGCUUCCCCGCAUAAUUUAGCAGAACAACGUAUUCAGUAGUACAGUAACCAUGCAAUCCAUGCUGUUGUUUACAUCCAAGUAUCGCAUCCAGGUAACUGACCAAAUUGUGAUGUAAGUCCAAACCCUCUAUCCACCGUUUUCUUCGACGUGGAAGUAAGCUUGUGGGUGAGACUUUCGGUUCAUUAGCCGCUGUAGGGAAAUAACGAGAAGAAUAGCAGCAUGGAGUAAACGGUAAAACCGUUUGCACUACAAACCAGUGUGUUCAUUGUGACACCAGUUUGCAAUAUCAAGCAGCAAAACAAGCUGUUUUACGGCUAAAAUUAGCAGGACGUGGAUGAGACCGGAAGCCAGACCGAUAAAAAUUACAAAUGGCCGCGCCCACUCUUCAGAGAAGAAAAAGGUGGAUAACGAUAAAGGCACAGAAAAACGAUAUUGGAAUCACCUUUAAAACGAUUUUUUCCAGCUGAUGAAUGAUAAAAAUACUGACACCCAAUCAGAAUCAAUCCUGAUGUGAUGAACUCCAGAAUUUAAAGCUAAUAUAGUUAUUUUUACAGUUAUCAUUCUAGGUGUGAACUGGGCUUAAUAUGCUGAUUUGGAAACAUACAAUUGUUAAACGUUGAAAACAGUUGUGCUGCUUCAUAUUUUUAUAAAAACACUGAUACUUUUUUUCAGACUUCUUAGAUGAGUAUAAAGUUUAAAUAGAUGUUUUGUAACCAUGUAAAGGUCUUUACUGUCACUUUUGAUCAAUAUAAUUUAUCCUUGUUUAAUAAUCCCAAAUUUCCUAACAUUUUUGAACAGUACAGUAUACUCUGUAUAGAAACUAUAGGCCUAUAUGUGUCUAGACACAUGUAUAUCCACCUCUCACAAGAAGUACUACCCUUAUGGGCCGAGUUUGGCAAAGUGCAAAGAUUAUUUAUUGACCACUUUAGCAUUUUACAGAUUAUGUAAUGAGAUUAUGAAUAAACUGAAUAUCCAUGCUAUGUAGUUGGAAAAUGUCUAAGAUGCAUUGGAGAGCUGUCUAAGAUGCAUAUUCAGAUGGAAGAUAUGAUGCAUGUGCUGUUUAUCUGAAACAGACAGAUGUUUUAUGAGUACUUGUGUGUUCUAAUUAAUAUGCAAGUUUAUUUUGUAUUCUAAUACUCUGAGAUUGUCAUGUAGUUCCAAUAUAUUUAAAUUCAAUAAAAAAUGAUGAAAAGCUAAAUACAAUGACAA